UGAACGGAGUUUUACGACUAAAGUACGGACUCUAAACAUGGCUGAUGGUGAUGGUGAGAAUUGUAGCUCUAAUUGCAGAGAAGAGGAAGCGUUUCCUGACAUUGAAGACCUCAUUCCGUCUUCUGAAGAGCCUAGGGAAUCCUCUAGAGCCACUAGAGGCGUUCUUCCUCGCGCUUUGAGGCGAAACAAUGGCCCCAACCUUGUUGCUGAAGGUGACAGCUUCAUCCCAGGCAGUCAGAGCAUCUACAUAAAGACCUGGGGCUGCUCUCAUAAUACUAGCGAUGGAGAGUACAUGGCAGGACUGCUAGCAGCUGAAGGAUACACUAUUACUGACUCACCAUUGGACGCUCACGUGUGGCUACUAAACAGCUGCACUGUGAAAGGUCCAAGUGAAGAUGGUUUCAAAAGCGCCAUCAAGAAAGGAAAGGAACUCAACAAGACCCUUGUGGUUGCCGGGUGCGUCCCCCAGGGACAGAAAGACCUUGACGAAAUAAAGGACAUUUCUGCCGUGGGUGUCAAACAGAUUGAUCGUAUAGUUGAAGUGGUGGAGGGAGCUUUAAAGGGAGGAACCGUUAGGCUGUUUGGGACAAAGAGAGGGAGUGGGCGUCAGUUAGCCGGACCGAGUCUGGAGCUACCAAAAAUCAGGAAGAAUCCUUUAGUGGAAAUAAUACCAAUCAAUUCGGGCUGUCUUAAUCACUGUACUUAUUGUAAGACAAAGCACUCUCGAGGUAAUCUCGCUAGUUAUUAUCCGCAAGAAAUAAUCUCAAGAGCUACUCAAGCUUUUGAAGAAGGCGUGGUCGAAAUAUGGCUAACGAGCGAAGACACUGGUGCAUACGGCCGGGAUAUAGGCGUGACUUUACCCGAGUUGCUAUGGCAACUUGUUGAGGUGAUGCCGGAAGGUUCUAUGCUUCGUAUUGGAAUGACAAACCCACCGUACAUAAUGGAACACCUGGAGGAAAUGGCAAAGAUCUUGUCCCAUCCACGAGUGUAUUCAUUCCUUCACGUUCCGGUCCAAUCUGGCUCUGAUGCUGUACUGGGAGAAAUGAAGAGAGAAUACACCAUCAAACAGUUUAGGAAAGUAGUGGAUUAUCUAAAAGAACAAGUUCCUGGUGUUACCAUAGCUACAGACGUCAUAUGUGGGUUUCCAACUGAAACUGAAGAAGAUUUCAGUGAGACUCUUUCUCUCGUUAAUGAGUAUAAGUUCCCUUCAUUGUUUAUUAAUCAGUUUUAUCCACGGCCUGGGACUCCAGCUGCUAAAAUGAAACGAAUACCAACAAAUGAAGUAAAGAACAGGUCUCGGAAAUUAACGGAAUUAUUCCAUUCCUAUACUCCAUACUCUAAACGUGUGGGCGGGAUUGAGACCAUACUCGUCACAGAAAUGUCACAUGACAAGCGUUAUUAUGUUGGACACACUAAGUACUAUGAACAGGUGCUAGUUCCACAGUAUAAAGAACUCAUGGGGAAAAUGGCGCUUGUUAAGAUAGUAUCGACUGGGAAGCAUUUCAUGAUGGGAGAGAUAAUAGACGUAUUGCGUUUACCUUCUGAUAGCGUCAUAAAUGAUGGUGAUAAAUCUUUUGGGAAGAUUAGUACCAGUAAUAAGAUGUUAGGACUAAUAUUGAUAGUGAUGAUAGUACUGGUGUUGUAUAGACUCCCUCACAUUAUAGCUGUGUUUCAUAAACUGUACAUUUAGAAGGAGCAAGCGUCCAUUUUUAUCAUAAAAAUACUCAAUUGUCAUUAAUUUUUCAUAAUUUACAUGUCAGUAACAGCAUAUGAAUUGACU